UCCCACCGAGCUUCCCGGGAUGAGGGCUCCCAGCGUGGGCGCCGGCCGAGCCCCGGGUCGCUGAGGGCCCCGCCAGGCGCGGAGAUGGGGGCGCGCGAAUGUCCUACCUGGCUCCUGCUGUCAUUGCUGCUGCUUCCUCUGGGACUCCCAGCCCCCCUGGACGCCCCCCCACGCCUCAUCUGUGACAGCAGAGUCCUGGAGAGAUACAUCCUGGAGGCCAAAGACGCCGAGAACGUCACGAUGAGUUGCACAGAGGGCUGCAGCCUGGGUGAGAAUAUCACCGUCCCAGACACCAAAGUGCACUUCUAUGCCUGGAACAGGAUGGAGGUGGGGCAGCAAGCCUCAGAGGUGUGGCAAGGGCUGGCGCUGCUCUCGGAAGCCAUCCUGCGGGGCCAGGGACUGCUGGCCAACUCUUCCCAGCAGUCAGAGACCCUGCGGCUGCAUAUGGACAAAGCCAUCAGCGGCCUUCGCAGCCUCACCUCCCUGCUCCGUGCUCUAGGGGCCCAGAAAGAACCCAUCUUGCCUCCAGAUGCAGCCUCCCCUGCUCCACUCCGAACAUUCACUGUUGAUACUCUGUGCAAACUCUUCCGAGUCUACUCCAAUUUCCUCCGGGGGAAACUGAAGCUGUACACAGGGGAGGCCUGCAGGAGAGGGGACAGGUGACCAGGUGCCUCUCCUGGGCUCAUCCACAGCCUGCUCACCACUGCCACCGCCACCACCGCCUGUGCCACGCCUCCCCUCUGCCACCCCCAAGCCCCCAGGGGCUGUCUCCCCAGAGCCGA